CGUCUGAAUCUGCUUUCUAACGCAUGGAACAUUUGGUCCUACAAAGAUAUCAACGUAAUGGGCAUGACGCACUUCUCUCCUGCCUCUGCCUGGAUGUGUCUACUCGCCCCCAUCCUCGAAAAAAAGCGCGCCUUAGCUGUCGACUCCUGGGCCUACGAUGACGCACAUCUGCAGCCCGGACUCUUCGAGCCUCUUCAUCAAUGGUUCGCGGACAAUGUACCCGAAAACUAUAGCAAGAAAUAUCCUUGGCAGUGGCGCACGCACAUGCACGUCUUCCGCGGUAUUAGAGGCAUCACCAUGGCUGAGUACAUGAUACCGGAGUGGGCGGAUUAUUUCAAAGACUUGAGCUACGAACAGAUGGAUGAACUGGCAGCGAGCUGGAAAUUUGAGAACUGUGUCGGACGUCAGCGGCUAAAUGAGUCACGGCUUUAUACGCGACUAUGAAGACGGGUGAUGCGAGAUUAGAGGGGAAAGCUAUUCAGAGCACAGUGGUCGAAGGGCAAUAGGAGGAAGGCGUGUUUGAGUUGAGCCCUAGUGAAAAGUUGAAGUCACAGCAGGCAAAUGCCCCGGAGGCUGUCGUGGUUUUGUAGUUCAAUGAUAUAAGAACAGCUCACAGGGCCAUGUCACUGCGCCUCCUUAUUUCCCGCACACGACGAUUCCGCUCUACGAGAACCUUCUGCUCGACACACCUCACCAGUCCUGUGCCAAAAGGAAGUGCUGAGCCCGAGCAAUUAUAUAGUAGAUACGCCGAC